UUACCAUCUUCCUCCUUCUCGUUCUAGCUAGCGCAACACCGCGCGCACGGCGGAUAGCUACCUGGCUCUCUCCGAGAAGGCCAAAGAAACCGAUCGAGGGCGCAAUGGCGCGGUGCUUGCUGUUCGUGGUGUUCCUGAUCAUCUACUGCCUCUACUCGACGGUCGGACUUGCGGUGGAGCCGGCCGACGAGGUGGCGAUGCAGCUGGGCGGUGGCGGUGCCGGUCUGGGCGAUGGGCGGCUCAGCGUGGAGCCGUCCGAGGUGAUGGAGGCGUCCCUUGACUUUGGGAGGCUAACCAUCGGCGAGCCGCUAGCCGUGUUCCACCCGCGCGGCGCCGGCGACGUCGCCGCGCUUGUGAAGGCCGCGUACGGCUCGGCCGGCGGCAUCCGCGUCUCGGCGCGGGGGCACGGCCACUCCAUCAGCGGGCAGGCACAGGCGCCCGACGGGGUGGUGGUGGACAUGACCCACGGGUGGCGCGCGGAGGCGGUGGGGAGGGCCCAGCGGGCAUUGCCGGUGUACUCUCCGUCGCUCGGCGGGCACUACAUCGACGUGUGGGGCGGCGAGCUGUGGAUCGACGUCCUCAACUGGACGCUGGCGCACGGCGGGCUCGCUCCCCGCUCCUGGACGGACUACCUCUACCUGUCCGUGGGCGGCACCCUCUCCAACGCCGGCAUCAGCGGGCAGGCCUUCCACCACGGCCCCCAGAUCAGCAAUGUCUACGAGCUCGACGUUGUCACCGGGAAAGGAGAGGUGGUGACCUGCUCGGAGUCGAACAACCCGGACCUCUUCUUCGGCGCGCUCGGCGGGCUCGGCCAGCUCGGGAUCAUCACGCGCGCUCGCAUCGCCCUCGAGCCUGCUCCCUCCAGGGUUCGCUGGAUCCGGGCGCUCUACUCCAACUUCACCGAGUUCACCGCGGACCAGGAGCGGCUCAUCUCCCUGCAGCACGGCGGCCGGCGGUUCGACUACGUGGAGGGCUUCGUCGUCGCCGCCGAGGGCCUUAUCAACAACUGGAGGUCGUCUUUCUUCUCGCCGCAGAACCCGGUGAAGCUCAGCUCGCUCAAGCACCACUCCGGCGUGCUCUAUUGCCUGGAGGUCACCAAGAACUACGACGACUCCACCGCCGGAACCGUCGAUCAGGACGUGGAGGCGCUGCUGGGCGAGCUGAACUUCAUCCCGGGCACGGUGUUCACGACGGACCUGCCGUACGUGGACUUCCUCGACCGCGUGCACAAGGCGGAGCUGAAGCUCCGCGACAAGGGCAUGUGGGAGGUGCCUCACCCGUGGCUGAACCUCUUCGUGCCGGCGUCCCGCAUCGCCGACUUCGACCACGGCGUCUUCCGCGGCGUCCUCGGCAGCCGCACCGCCGGCGGCCCCAUCCUCAUCUACCCCAUGAACAAGCACAAGUGGGACCCGAGGAGCUCGGUGGUGACGCCGGAGGAGGACGUGUUCUACCUGGUGGCGUUCCUGCGGUCGGCGGUGCCGGGCGCGGCCGACCCGGCGAAGAGCCUGGAGGCGCUGGAGCGGCAGAACCGGGAGAUCCUGGAGUUCUGCGAGGAGGCCGGCAUCGGGGCCAAGCAGUACCUGCCCAACCACAAGGCGCAGGGCGAGUGGGAGGCCCAUUUCGGGGCCAGGUGGGCUCGGUUCGCGCGGCUCAAGGCCGAUUUCGAUCCCCGGGCCAUGCUCGCCACCGGCCAGGGGAUCUUCGACUCGCCGCCGCUCUUGGCCGACUCCUGAGGCGAAAGACCACGAACAAGAUGAUUGGCUAGCUAGGGACAUGUAACUAUCACGAAUCAUAUAGGGUGAUUAGUUAGUCUUAAUCUGACGUGUAGAUUCCUCGACCAAAAAAAAAAAUCUGAUGUGUACACUUGAGGGGAGGGGGGGGGGAUUCUGUACAGAGGGGUGUGUCAAGUUCAUGCAAAUGUACACAAGUUUAAGUUAAAGUCGGCAUCUGCCUCCAGUUCUUUCAAGUUUCAAUCUUUGUACUUACUCAAGACAAGAUGUCUAUCACUGAUCAACAGGUUUAGGCCCUGUCUGAACAGGGUUUGGCAAGGACUAGGAACAUACUUGGUGACAGAAUCCGGUUCCUUGACGAGUUGUGUCGUUGGUGCAAGUAAAGUUCGAAAG